GACCAUAAUAUAAGGGUUAAACUUCUCUUCCUCAUCUCACAUUGUUCUUUCACUCUUCAUCUCAACCUUGAAGGUCACCAUGAACAUUAUUGAAAUGGAAGAGUAUAUUUAUGGCACCGCAUACACCCCGGACUUGGAAGACGGCAGCCUACGAGAGUAUACAGUAGAAGAAAAGUGGGAAAAAGUUGAGUAUCUAUACAAAUUGGAUCCAAAAUUCAGCACAAUAAAUAUCCACAAAAGUAGAGGAACGGCACUGCAUGUGGCAGUAAAUGAUAACAAUGGAGAUGUUGUCAGAAAUCUCGUUGCUUCAAUCAUAAGUCACAAUAAUGAGAAGGCCCUUAAAUGUAAGAAUGAAAAGGGUGACACUCCAUUGCACCUUGCAGCAUCAAGAGGAUUCAAAGAUAUAUGUGAAUGUAUCAUAGGAGAAAAUGGUGAAAGGAAGGAUUUGAUUCUUAUUGAUAACAACGCUGGAGAGACUCCUUUGUUUCUUGCUGCACUGUCUUGGCAAAAAGAAACUUUUGUUUAUCUCUUCAAUUUUAAACCAAGGGAGGGUGAUCGUGAUGUCGAUGGUAAUUAUUCUUAUUAUAAAGAUCUUAUUAGAUACAAUGGAGAUAGUAUUCUUCACUGUGCCAUCAGAAGAGAAUUUUUCGAUUUGGCGCUUAUAAUAAUCGAUAAAUUUCCUGAUCUUAUUUCCAUUCCGAACAAAAAAGGAUUUAGUCCUCUUAAACUUCUUGCUACUAGGCCCUCGGCAUUCAAAAGUGGAUGCAACAUGAUAUGGUGGAAGAGGAUUCUGUACCAUUGUAUACCUGUGGGAAUCCUAAAUGUGGAAGAAGUUGUCAAAUAUUAUGCCAUGAAACAAGAUGAGUCAAGCUUCCCUAACAAUUGUCCAGAGAACUAUCACACAUGUUAUCUCUUUUAUCAAAAAUGUAAAAAGUAUGUUGUUAAACCUAAAGAAGCUGUCGAAUAUGCAUCUGAAGAAAUCGGAGAGAAACCCAAAGUGUUGCCAAAUGAUCAACAUUGCAAUAUAUCGAAGCAAUCUAAACACAAACAUCUUCCAGAAAACUAUGCUACCUGUAUUUUGUUUAUGAAGUUUGCAUGGAUUCAUAUCCUUGGCCUUUCAGGAGUAGGGGUUGAGGAAAUUCAAAAGAUGAAACAAAAACACAAAUGGAGUGUUCAACUAUUGAACAAAUUUAUGGAGAAGCCUUAUGAAUCGUAUUGGGCAACUGGCACCAAACCAAUACAAUAUGCCAGUGGAACAGAUUUCCUGUCUGCUUACAAUCCAAAUCAGGGAGAUAAAAAAAGUGAGGAGCCAGCGAUUUCUAAGACACUGGAAAGUGAGACAGCAAUUUUGACAGCAGCAAGAAAUGGCAUAGUUGAAAUAGUGAAUGAGCUUAUAACAAAAAUACCAAGUUCAAUAUACGAUUUUAACUUGGAAAAUAAAAAUGUAUUACUUGUAGCAGUUGAGAACAGAAGAACCAAUGUAGUUGAGGCAUUAAGAAAACGGUUUAAAGGGUGUAAAACAAAGGUAAUAUUUGAAAACUUAAUCCAAGGUGUGGACAAGGAAGAGAACACUGUGUUACAUUUAGCAGCUACAAGAUGUGAUCAAGAUUGGCACAUUUCUGGAGAUGCCUUGCAAAUGUUGUGGGAUAUCAAAUGGUUUCAGUACACUAAAGAACUAGUGCCAGAGCAUUUCACAGUUAGAACAAACAAAGAGGAUAAAACAGCAGGGGAAUUAUUCAAGAAAUCACAUGUAGAACUGGUGAAAGACGGUAGUGCAUGGCUGAAAGACACUUCUAAUUCUUGCUCUGUAGUAGCAGCUCUCCUUGCUGGCGUUUCCUUUGCUACAUCGAGCACUGUGCCGGGCGGUAACAAAAGUGACACAGGCGAACCAACAUUGGAAGGAAAGCCUGCAUUUGAGGCAUUUGCUAUGUCUUCAGUAAUUGGUCUUUGUUUCUCUGUCACUGCACUCAUAAUGUUCCUUUCUAUACUCACUUCUCGAAAAGAAGCCAAAGAUUUCAGAAUUGAUUUGCCAAGGAAGCUUCUUUUUGGAUUGAGCUCUCUUUUCUUGUCCAUUGUUGCAUUGUUCGUUACUUUCUGUUCGGGUCAUUUCUUUUUGAUUGACCACAAGUUCAAGCACAUUGUGUUUCUGAUAUAUGCAGUCACUAGCUUUCCUGUGACAUUGUAUGCAGUAGCACAACUUCCACUUUACAUUGAUCUUCUGAGAGGUAUUGUAACCAAACUGCCAAAGACAAGUGAUAAAGGCGAGCACCUUUAAAGGUGAAAAUGGGUUUGGCUUGUUAAAAUAAAGAAGACAGUGGCUUGAGUACUACAUUGUUUUGGUUUGAGUACUACUUUGUUUUGGCUUGAGCAGUUUAUAUAUUUAUUCAUAUGACUAAUGUUGGAUUGUGGUUAUUUUAGUGAGAUUCUGUUAUUAUGUACUCUGUCAAUGCUUAAUGAUGUUUGGUUAUUUUAGCAUUUGCAACCUGUAUUGCUACUCUUCUUAGCUACAACUUAUUUAGACUAAUUCUCCUAUAUGAGAAUCAUCAAAAGGCUUGAACAUGUCGUCUAAAUGAGUUCAA